AUGCCAACGCCGGAUGUACUCAACCAAUUGGUCUAUACAUUCUUUCACAGAAUUCAUCCGGCUUAUCCGGUCUUUGAUCGUGAAAGCUUCUUACAAUUAUAUUAUGCAAAUCGGGCUUCACCCUUGGUCUUACAAACAAUCGCUCUCCUCGGAUUCACAAUUGGAAGUGAUGACCUCGUUCGUGCAGCCGGAUUUAGUGAUCGUGUGACUGCAAGAAAGACACACUUCCUUCGAGCCAAAGCGCUAUAUGAUGCUGAUUACGAAACUGAUCGUAUGAAUCUUGUAGCUGUUCUGCUGCUUUUCGGUUUCUGGUGGGCCAGCCCCGAGGGCCAGAAAGAUACAUGCUUUUGGGUUGGCUGUGCAUCAAUGCUGGCCCAGUCACUAGGAAUGCAUCGCUCCGAUGAGUCCACGGAUGAAAUGCUUGCGGAAGCGAAUAUGGUGACUCGUGAUAGACAUGUUUCUGCAGCUUUCGGUCGGCCAUACCGAAUCCGAGACGAAGACUGUGAUGUGGAACCUCUCACCGAGGAGGACUUUACUUUUGAUACGGCCUAUGAUCUGGAACUCAUUCCGGCUCAUGAGGAUUUUAAUACAUUAUACGUGAUUGAGAUGUCAAAAUUGGCUGUAAUCAGUAAUUCAAGACCCAAAAUCUCGCAAUUCGCUGUCGUCGUAUUUGCUGACUUUAUUUGCAUCAUAGUUGGAGAUGUUCUCACUGCAGAGUAUAGCCCUCGCAGUAAUCCACAAUCAAAUCUUCAAGCAACCCUACAACCAGAAGCUUUAGAAAGGAGGCUUACAGAGUGGGAAUGUGCGCUUCCCGAUCAACUUAAAAUAAAGGCAUCUGACAAUUACUCGGGAUCUUCCUUCUGGGCUUGCAUGGCUCAGUUUUCCUAUCAGUAA